UUUUUGAUUUUUCUUCCAAAAAAAAAAAAGGUAGUACGUGAAUAUGAUCAUUCUACCAUCAUUACUACUAUUGAUCUUUUGCGCAUUUGAAUGGUCUGAAGCCCGAUUUGGUACAUUCCAUCAUGGUACGAGAGGAGUCAAUCGUUUGCUUGAAACAUCAAAGUCAUCAUCUCAUGCAUCGCACGACAAAUCAAAUUAUACCACCUAUUAUAUUGAACAACCACUUGAUCAUUUUGAUUCAUCCAACAAGAAGACUUUCCGUCAACGUUACUGGGUUGACACUUCAUACUAUAAGCCUGGAGGCCCUGUGAUUUUGAAUAAUGCAGGUGAAGGUAACGCUUAUCCAGCUGAUGGUUUGAUUCAAAGGUCUGUUUUCACUUUGAUGGCAAAAGAAAUGAAUGGUAUCAUCAUCAUCAUGGAACAUAGAUAUUAUGGUGAAUCACAUCCUCCCAGCAAUGAAGAACCAGACUUUACAUUCCUUAGUGCCAAUCAAUCUUUGGCAGAUAUGGCUAACUUUAUCCAACAACACAAAAUUGAUGGCAUUGAUUAUGAUGUCUCAGCACCAAAGACAAAAUGGAUUGUAAGAGGUGGAUCAUAUUCUGGUAAUCUGGCUGCCUGGAUGAGAUAUAAAUAUCCUGAUAUUGUAUAUGCAGCUGUUUCCAGUUCGGCCCCUGUUCAAGCUCAAUUUGAUUUCUAUCAAUACUUUGACCCAAUCAUUCAAUAUGGCUCUCCUCGUUGCAUCAAGGCUCUCCAAGGCAUCGUACAAACGAUUGAUGAUUUCUUUGCUGGUAAUCCCUCAGAUAGUGAUAAAAGCAAUUUUAAAGCUGGUUUUGGAAUCUCUGAUCAAACUCCCGAUGUUGAUUUUGCUGAUGAGGUGAUGGGUCUUGCACUUGGUUUAUGGCAAGAUGCUUCUCCUACACAAUUCCCAUUUGAUGAAGUAUGUUCAUUGUUCACCAAUGUCAAGGAUCCCAAGAAACAAUUCCAAGUAUAUCAAAACUGGGUGAAGGAAUCCAUGCCGUCAGAAACAAAAAAGUUAGUAACGAAUACAAAAGGUGAUAAUGUUACUACUUUCUCUGAAAGUCAAGAUCCUUAUUUGAACUCAUGGUACUGGCAAGUCUGUACCGAAUUUGGUUACUGGCAAGAUACUCCCUCCAAAUCUUCUCCUUGGUACAACCGUCGUGUCACUUCCAAUUUGGUCACCACUCAAUAUUAUGAAGAUCAAUGCAAACAACUGUUCAACCUUACAACGAAACCUGCUAUUGAUGCUGUUAACGCGGAAUAUCAAGGAUGGAACUUGCACUUGAAUCGUACUAUCUGGAUCAACGGAGAAUGGGAUCCAUGGCGUCCACUUAGUGUAGCUAGUGAUGAUGCUCCUAAACGUCAAAACAGUACCUUUGAAUUAUCUUUGAUGAUUCCUCAUGGUGUCCAUUGCUAUGAUUACAGCAUUGUCCCUGGAUACAAGAAUAGUUUGACCGAAUUACACAAGUUGACAAUUUCGACUUUGAAGGAAUGGUUGCAAUAGGUCAUAGAUUUUAUACGUUGUAGUUCCUUUACUCGCCUUUACUCGAAUUAAUUGUAGCUUAUAUAUUUAUAUUUAUUCAAUAAACAAUUUUUAUAUGUUUG